AAAUGCUCAUGGCUUUCAAGACCCUUUUUGGUUAAUGUAAGUUUUUUAAACUUACUCACCACAGGAUAAUGACUGUAUGGUCAAUGAUAACUUCGCAAACGCCCUUCUAUAAGGUUCUGCACAUCUCUGUAUGGAUGACCUCUGAAGUCUUUGCCACUGACGAACGAUUCUUGAAGGAGUACUUUAUAGUGACUAGUAGCUGGUUAUCUGCGAGUAUGGCUAGUGGCCGGUUUGCUAAUUACUCCAGACAGUUGGCUGAUGCUGUAGGGAUAAAAAUAAUUAGCAAAUCAUAGUUAAGUCUCAGUCUAUGGCCUAGUGUCUUGACUGGUAGGGCUAAGAGAAAACUUCAUUCUAUGGAUUUGAUCAACCUGGAUGAACACCACUAGCAGCAAUCACGGGCUUCUUUUUAUUGGGCUAUAGCGGUUUUGCUGACGUUUUUUCUUCUCUCUUUUUUUUUUAGGACCAC